CGCAGGAUAACCAGCAGUCUGUUCACGGCAGUGUUCGAAGGAAAAGGUACCUAUCGUCGAGAUUCAGUGCGCUAUCGAACGUCUGCGGGAAAAGUUGUGCGAUUGCGAAUGCUGUCGGCUGGCAAGGAAGUGUUCUCACGCUGAAGGACGGACGGACGAACGGAUAUUCAUUUGAAGCAUUAAUCGGGGCAUUGAGUUGAUAUAUAAUUGGCAGUGAUUUGAUGGAUUACCUCCUCUGGAUGGUUUAUGCGGUGUAAGGAUCGUUGCAACUUGCAACUGAGAUAUGAAGUGUUACUAGAUUUCCAUUGGGUGUUUGCAUUUUGGAUAUAUGUGCUUGCCUUUGCUAGGAUUCAAUAGGAUUAAUACUGUGGCUGGAGUGAUAUGUGAAUGUGUGACCGGGACAUUGUGAAGCAAAAAAUUAAUGUGAUGAAUGUUCUAAGAAGAUAAUCAGCUCAUAACAGUGUUAUCACAUAAAUUGGAAUUUAUAUUGGAUAAUAAACAUAAAACGUUCCCAAGUUAUAGUGAUCGAAAAAGGUUUGCUGGUUCAUGGGCUGUUAAGGAAGAAACGUAAACGUAAACGAGUCGCAAACAAUCGGAGCAAAAAAUAACUCACAACUUCUGCAACGAACACGACUUUCGCCCCGAUGGCUUGACAUUGUUGUUCAGCGCUAGCCGAUACCAUUCCAUUCUAGAUGACGGAAACAUCAUUCGUGUACGGGGUGGAACUGAAAUCGCCCCCUCCAACGACAACCGCUGACCAGCUGACGCAAUACGACCGCUUCCUGAAAACCAAAGCAAUGUCCGAGCAGUUCCUAUAUCAGUUCCUGGGGAAGUACCAACCCACAACACUGGACCAGUCGUCUCUGCUGGUAGACUAUACGCCAUCGCUGGACCAGCAGCCAUCCAAAGUCACAACGUCCAUCGGAGCGAUUCUUCGCCAGAACAUCAUAACCGAGUGGUCCCUGAGGGAGGGUGCCACCGCCACAACGAAUGGAACGACCUCCGAAACGGUCGGGGUGGUGGUCGUGGCAGCCACUGGUGGUGCCUCGUCCGGCGGACCGAGUGGUGCGAGCCGGGGCAGCGGGGAUUCCACAUUCCAGAAUAAUUUAAUCAUUCCCCUGUACGUGAUCAUCUUCCUGCUCUCCGUCGUGGGCAAUCUGCUGGUGAUACUCACGCUAGCCCAGAACAAGCGAAUGCGGACCGUCACCAAUGUGUACCUGUUGAAUUUGGCCAUAUCGGAUCUACUGCUGGGCGUCUUCUGCAUGCCCUUCACACUCGUCGGCCAGGUGUUGCGGAAGUUCAUUUUCGGCAGCAUCAUGUGCAAGCUGAUACCAUACUUUCAAGCUGUUUCGGUGUCGGUUGCCGUUUGGACCUUGGUGGCAAUCUCCCUGGAGCGCUAUUUCGCAAUAUGUCGUCCGCUGUCAUCGCGUCGUUGGCAGACACAGUUCCAUGCAUACAAGAUGAUUGCCCUGGUAUGGUUGUUCAGCUUCCUUGUAAACUCACCCCUCUGUUACGUCCAGAGGCUUCAGCCGGUUCAUCGGAACUCGAUCGGCACCAGUGUGCCAAUGAAAUGCCGGGAGGUGUGGCCGGACAAGUCCUACGAGAAAGCUUAUGUGCUGUUUCUGGACGCCGGGCUGCUGUGCUUCCCACUGCUCACGAUGGGAUUUGCCUACUCGAUGAUAGUAUCGAAAUUGUGGCGAGGACUGAGACGUGAAAUCCGGCAUUCCACAUACCAGAAGCAUCAAUUACAAAUCAAUAAUGUCGGAUCACACCAACUGACGUCAAUCGCUCAUGACAAUCCCAUAGCUGGAGGUGCAACCAAAGGAAAACUUAUCUCGUCAUCUCGUACCGAGGCAACAUGCUACCAACUGGCAGCAGCUACCAACACGGGUGCCUCCGCCCCCACCGUCGAGUCAAACGACAAUGGGACCAGUAAGAUGAAACGUAACCUCAAAGUUGGCUCCCGAGCGAACUAUCAUCAAGCUGGGGAGGGUUACCCGACCACAACCACUGUGCUCACCAAUAGCAAUAACAAUUGCUGCUUCUCGACGUACACCGGCAAUGCGUUCCAUCAUCAUCACCACCAUCCCGACAGCCAAGAGCCGGAGAUGGUGGACGGUGGAAGCAUUAGCCCGAAUAGCAGCAUCCUAACCAACAAAACGGUUCCCGGAGUGCGGUUCCGAAUGCUCAAAAGGUUCAUGGAGACCCACCGCCCAAAGCGCCCGAAGUCGAUGAUAGCCUUGAAAUCCACCACCGUUAUAACGUCCGCGCAAAGCGGUAGACCUCCUCCGACUACAUCAUCCGGAUCCACCGCCGGUAGUAAGCCAUUCCACAACAACACCUACAGUUGCACGAUGGAGACAACGCUAAAUGAGCGAACAUCAAACGCGCACGGCGUUUCCACGGCAUCGUCAAACCACAUUCUGAUGUCUGCGACAGCAGCAGCAACCGCGGCAGUGGUAGUUCCGGCGAAUCCUGCAUCAUCCGGCCACACCAAUCAUUCCGCCGCAUCGCCCGUCAAUGAGUCCUACGCGACGGCAUUUUCACGCCAAGCAAUUCGCUCCACCUACAUGGACAAAAGUAUCGAGGCGAAGAAGAAGGUCAUAAGGAUGCUGUUUGUGAUUAUAGCCGAGUUUUUCGUCUGUUGGGCACCUCUGCACAUCCUGAACACGAUUUACCUCUAUUCACCCAGCCUCGUGUACAAAUAUAUCAGCAGCAAUGGAGUCUCGCUGGUGCAGCUGAUGGCAUACAUUAGCUCGUGCUGCAAUCCGAUUACCUACUGUUUCAUGAAUCGACGCUUCCGACAGGCCUUCCUCAACAUAUUCGGUUGCUACCAGCAUCGUGUAUUCCCUUGCCUGUGCUGCUGCUUCCGGUGCACUGCUGAUGAACAGCAGCUCGAUGCGGAUUCCAAGUCAGCCGGAUCGCGAACCAAUGCGAACAAAGUGAGCGGUGGAAACAACGGGGAUCACUCGGGAAACGAUUCUUUGGCCUACGCAGGACGCAGCAUCGUACAGCGCUCUGAGAUCAUGGUUCUAGAAGCCGAGGAUCGGGUUUAGCAGUGGCUCCGAUCACGUGACAAGCUCUGUUUCAAUAGUCAACUCGAUCAGCUCGAAUCGAAUCGCACAGGUGACGCAGAUAAUAGAAACAGACCCCGAGGAUGCAACGUUUCGUUUCAGAAUCACGUGGUCAAAAUCUUCAUCCUCGGCUAAUCAACCCAAGACUGUGAAUGGUUGUGAUAAUGAACGGUAUUCUUAAUACUCUCCCUCGGGAGUGCAGCAAUCAACGGAGGAAUAUGCCGGAUAUGCUGGUUGAUAUGUUUGGUAUGGUUGCAGGAGCCAAAAUGGAGAUCCCAAAACAAAUGAACUUUUUUCGUAGAAGUAAUUCUUGUUAGAAUUGAUGUAUUCGAAACAGUCCUUAGAAACGUGUUUCAGUUCAUAAAUCUGUUGUUCACGCGAAAAAAAACACUGCAUGUAAAGUUAAAUGUUACAACGAAAGUGGAAUCGUGACUUCCAAUCUUCAUCUAUAUAUAGUUAUAACGCAAUCUGUUUGCCAACUUUGUUUAAAUGUUGUGGCCCGGUUUCUAUCGACAUGGAAUGUAAUCUCGAAAUCCUACAUCGAAUGAGCGAAGUUCUGAUUCUAAUUGAAAGAAAUCGAUACGUUCGAUUCUCAGAAUAAAACUUCAAUGAUUUA